GUACGAGAACUCACAACCUCCACAGCAGCAGCAGCGUUUAGGCGAGUGACACACCUGCUAAGGGAUGGUGAGACCACGUGACCAGGCCUCCCGCUCACUCCAGCCCCUGCCGCUCACCGUGUGCGAGGAGUGUCCGCCCCCGGCUCUCCGCAGACUCCACUUCCAGGGAGGAUACCCAGUAUACACUAUCCCGCCGAAACACCAACCGAACAAAAAUGACAAAGAUGCUCCCGUGGUCUUAGAAGGUGCUUCCUCCAGCGGCGAGAAGGCCGCCCGUGUCUCUGAAACCCACGGCCCCUUCCCCUUUGCGGCCGUUCGGCCCAGCUCACACUGCAGCUCAUUCCCUGCCGGCCAGCUGAUGCCUCCACCUACCACCUCACAGUAGCCUCAAUCUAGGCUGGUGAUGACACACACAAAAGCCUGUGACCGCCUCUGGUUGCCCUAGAAAUCCACCCCCGGCAUCCUGAAGGAUCAACAGUAAGGGGGCUGGAAGAGCUGGAAAUCAGUACUUCGCAGACUGGAGAAUGAGAGGUUGGAGACCAGCGCUGGGAAAAGCAGCCGCUGGGAGGAAGGGCGUGAAGGGCAAGCAUGUUGUUUGUAAAGCUGGCGCUAGAUCGGGCUCUGGCGAGAAGAAAGGACACGGGAGAUAAACAGCACGAGGCUUCUGGAGUGGGGACCACAGGCGCCAGGCGAGGAGGGUCCCCGGGGAACGUAAGGGAGGACCAAGUGUCAGCGCAGACGGCACCCUCAGGCCCUCCUCUGGUGACAGACUCAGAAUGGUUGGACCUGAGCGCAGAAGAACAAUUGGCCUGGGCCAAAAACACUCAGGACCCUCGGAUUGCAGUGGGUUCCCAGUCCCCACUAGAAAAGAAGAUUAAGGACAUCUAAGGCAAAAUCUUCAACCAGGAGGCAACCCUGCUUGAGGGAUGUGUGGGAGGUUUGGAGAGAAAGCCAGGGAACACAGCUAGGAGACCCCAACGGGGACACGGUGUCAGAGUGCCAGGCAGAGCUACUAGCCCCCUGUGCACUGUGUCAUGGCCGGUAACCAAGGGCAUCCGACUUAAGAAACUUCUAACGCUUCCCUCUGACAAGAGUCUAGGUGGCAUCCAUUCUUCCAAAGUGAGGACACUGCUGCUCCAAAAGGCUCAACAGGAGAACGAAACUCUUCGUCAACAAAAAGCUAUGUCUUUUGACUUCCGGUUUGCCAAAGCAGAGGCAUAUUACUAUCGACGACACCAAGAAAUGAUGCUGGGAGAAAGAUGCUGGAAAUGCAGAAUGGUUCCAAGGUGGAAAAUGAAAAUACAGAGAGAGAGACCACAUAGUGAAAAACCAGGAGAUACUAAAAAAUGGGACUAUUUAGUGCCUGAGAGGGAGCUGGGCCAGAUAGAGAGGCACAUAUACCGAGCCGAACAGGCCAGAGGCCUCAGAGACAGCAACUAUCAGCUCCUCCCUCAAAAGACUCCCAGCGUAACGGUCUUCCCCAAAAUAUUAACCCCAGGGAAGGAUGAAAAGAUGGACGCUCUACAGAAAACACACAAAACGAAGACCAAAAAACACAGGGUGGCCUGGGCCAAGGAACAGAUCAAGGAGCAUCAAGACCGAAUGACCCGGGGAAGAGAGCUCUCGGAGCAGAGAAGUAAGAGCCGAGGUCAAGGGCUCUCUGGCCCGGCUCCCCCCCUCCCCAGGCCUCGGGUGCACAAGGAAGAAAUGAAAGAAUUCGAGCGGGUCACAGCCUAUCCGAUCGCCCAGCCUUACCAGGAAACGCUCUUAGAAGUGACCAUCCUCAUGGAAAAGUCCAAAAAGGAGGAGGACGUCAAAAAGCCGCUCCAAAGAGAGCUCUUAAGUAUGCCACCAUUUUUGAGAAGUCAGCUAGAGAAAAGUAAAGUUUAAGUUAUUUUCUG